CUGGCAUACGUGCUCUUUAUUUACAAAAUUGUGAAACAAACUUUUGGGAGCUUAUUUCCCGAACAAGGACCCAUCGCAACCAAGCUCUCAAAGCGUCUGAUCAGCCGGUCGCGAUCGGACAAAAUGCCAAACCAAACCAUCGGUGGCAGCAGUAGCACCAGUGUCGGCCUAUAUUUGUGCUAGAUCUCCAACUCCCGACCCAUAAACACGACGCAUAUCGGAGUGGAAAAAAGUGCUUGCGUACAUAGGUGGCAUACACAGAUUGGGGAUUUCGUGUGUGAAAAUCAAUUCCCUGCUUGCUGGCCAUUGAUUUUUGUUUUUUGGAGGUCGUCCACUUUCGAACCUGCCUGUUUCUCCCUUACUGCCAAACGGUUAAAGAGCCUCCUAGUAGUGUGCCACCCAUUCCUGUUGCUCUAGUUCCUAACACCGUCCCCCGACCCCCGCUGCUUCGUUGCAAUUGCGUCCCUUCUGUACGUAAAUAAUAACAUAACGACGUACAGCGACACACUGAACACUGUGUGUGUCGAUAUGGCAGAUAAAAGUCCCAGCGAGGAACCCAUCGCUACAGAUGCACCAGCCAGUCCGUCGAAGAGCAGGACCGCAGAUGCACCGACAAGUCCUACGGGCAGCACUGCAUCGGCCAGUUCGUCCAGUUGGUGGGGCUCGUGGAUAGACACCGCACGUACAAAGUCUGCAUCGGUUCUGGAGGCGGUUAAAAAUGAUUUGACAGAACUAACAACGGUCGUUAAGACGGAAGCAUCGAGCGCUACCGAAGCACUCGGUCGUUCGCUUAGUCUGGGCGAACCGGAUUCCACCGUUGGUGCGAUGAAGAAAAGCUUCAGCAGCUUCCUGGGCCAAGUCACCGAGGCACUGGUGCCGUCGCUCGAGGAGGACGAAGAAACCGAAGCCGUACUGAUAACGGCCGACGGUACGCUCACGCUGACCGGUUUCUACAAGCAUCUGGCAGAGAUGCAGGCAAACAACGAUACCUAUAUGGAGGAACCGGCCGAUGAGCUGCGGGAAAAGUACAAGCGCUGGAUGGAGGUUGUCGAGCAGGAACAGUUCACUGAGCCGCGGCUAGCGAAACAUCUCGCGAGCAGUACGAUACUGAACGAGAAGUACGUCACACUGGUGCCUGCCAAAGUUGCACACAUGAACUUCUGGAAACGAUAUCUCUUUAAAAAAGCCUUGCUCGAGGAUGCGAUUGCGAAUGCGGAAUUGGCCGAGCGGAAAGCGAAAGCUGCGCUCAACUCUGCGGAAACGUGUGCACCAAACAAAACGAUCGUACAAACCGAUCAACCUAGACGAACGAUCGAAGAGGCAACCGAACCGGACGCCGAAACGCCUUCGUACCCAAUUGCGGAUGAUCUUGCUUGGGCGGAAGUACCCGAAUUCGACGCAACAAACAUUGAACUAUCGGAGGAAGAACAGGCCCGAUUGCUGGAGGAGUACGAGCAGGAGAUACGGGAACGAGAAAAAACCCUUACGACCAGUGUCGGCAAACUCGACAUCGUUGACGAAUCCUUACUAGUUCAAUCGGACAUCGAAGGCACCCCGCAAAAAACACCGAAAGCAUCCGCCCAAGUAGCUGAAGGUCCUAAAGGCAAAUCCACAUCCACGGUGGCGGCAGCCAAGAAGGAACCGAAAGCGUCGAGCAACCAAAAAGCAAACACGCAGCAGCCAAACAAAUCCGGUACUCAGCAGCAACAACAGGGCGGUAAGGCGUCGAACAGCAACGCGGGUAAGAAUGUAAAUAACAAAAACCAGCAACAGCAACAACAGCAAACGGGUAAGAAGGGCGCACAACAGCAAACCGGUGGCAAAAAGAAGGAACAGCUCAAGAUGGACAAGAACCACUUUUCGAAGGAAGCGGAAGCGUCAUCCUCCAACUCGGACGAAAGCUGGGAGAAGGAGUUCGAGCUGGAAUGAGGCGAACCGAUCGAUCUGUGCCGCGAGUUGUCCGAGUGCGCCGAUUGGUCAUCCUUACGUUUACCCUAGUUUCCGGCUUAUUGACCUCAAUGCAAGACCUCUCUCGCUCCCAAUUACGGAUUCGAUGCUAAUUAUGAAUGAUUGUGAUGUUCUUGAAUGCUGCAGUAGUAGUAGCUGAACGGUGGAAUAACUAGCGGAUGAGGAGGUUUUUAUAUACAACGGACCCAUCCUUUCCGUAUGAUUGCGAUUCCCAAUUGACGCCCCAAUAUGGCCAUAUAGGGGUCUGUGCAAGCGUGCUUACAGCCAAGCCAAGAGUGUGCCCGACUAGACCCACGAGUUGGCAGAGAAAAGGGGCGCUCCAAACGUGCAACGUUUGUAAUGUAAUCGUUCGAUUUAUUUUACUAGUUUAUAUUGUUAGCCUAUUAGUUAAGCUACUUCUCGUGUUUUUUUUUUAAUGUGCAAGAGUAGUGUAUCAUACGCCCUGAGCGUAGAAUGGGUAUAGGCACUGAAGAUUGAGGAGUUUUCCAGGGAAGAGCUAGAAGUACCCCAACUGAAGAAACGUUAGUUGCAGUUUAGUAAAAGGAAUGAAUUGUUUAUUUUUAUAUACAACUCUAUCUAUCUAGACAAUUAUGUACGAGUGUACUUUGUGUAUUCAUCAAAAUGUUUCUGUAAAAUCAUCUCGCUAGGGUAGCAUUUCGUUCCUUUUGCUUCCUUGGGUCGUGGCAAACAAGUGAGCACACGAAGCAUUUAGGAAAACCCCUGCCAAUGCGACGCGUUUUCCCGGCAGUGGGGAAACCCUUCCCCUAGCUUUCCACGGCGAACGGAAGGACGACGGGAAUAGAAAUUCUACUGUCACUAGCACCUAGUUAAACGAUCGUACAGUUCUGUUUUUGUGUUAGUUUUAGUGUACCUAAUCCCGCUGCUUCGACAAAUUUGCAUGGACAUUCUGAUAAAACCGUGAUCGUGUGACUGUAACACGCGACGAAAGCAAAACAACGAUGGCAGUGUGUGCGCAAUGUUUCGAUCGUUCGAGUCACAUUAAACGAUUAAUAAAGUGAACCAUAUUUUA